ACACCAGAUCGUGUCCAGAGAACUACUUCCUGUGCACCAACCGGCGAUGCAUUGACGAGGCGAAACGAUGCAAUCACAUCGACGACUGUGGCGAUGCCUCUGAUGAACUGGACUGUGCAGCUGCCGUCGCCUGCGCUCCCGGUUCGUUUGCCUGUGGCAACGGGCACUGCAUCAACCAGACCAAGGUAUGUGAUGGUCACAACGACUGUCAUGACACUGGUGUUUCUGAUGAGUCUAAAGAAACCUGCCCUGGUCUCCCUAUCGAUUGCCGUGGAGUGAAAAUACGAUGCCCCAAUACAAACAUUUGCAUCCAACCGGCUGAUCUCUGUGACGGUUACGAUGACUGUGGAGAUAAGGCUGACGAGAACAAGCUAUUCUGCAUGAACCAACAAUGUGCACAGCACUACGUACGUUGUCCAUCGGGCAGAUGUAUCCCAGAGACUUGGCAAUGCGAUGGAGACAACGAUUGUUCGGAUGGCUGGGAUGAGACGCACACGAAUUGCACCGACGAGACCGGAAAACGCAUUUGCGUUGGGGAAUAUUUGUUCCAGUGUGACAAUGGCAAAUGCAUUUCCCGAGCGUUCAUCUGUGACGGUGAAGACGACUGCGGUGACAGCUCUGAUGAGCACACGAGGCAUAGCUGCGGUAACCGCACCUGCACUGACCAGGAGUUCCACUGCGUCUCGAAUGCAAGACUGGCACAGCCGAAAUACGAAUGCAUUCCGAAGGCAUGGCUUUGCGAUGGAGAUGUCACCUGUGCUGGAGGAGAAGACGAGUCGGCAGAGUUAUGUAAAACAGAGAAGAAGGAAUGCAAUAAAGGCGAAUUCCGCUGCCAAAAUCAGCAUUGUAUCCACCAGAGCUGGGAAUGCGACGGAGAUAAUGACUGUCUGGACGGAUCUGAUGAGCAUGCCAACUGCACCUAUUCGUCUUGCCAAGCGGAAUUCUGGCAAUGUGCUAAUCACAAAUGUAUUCCGAAUUCAUGGCGAUGUGAUGGAAAUGAUGACUGUGACGACGGUUCAGAUGAAAAGGACUGCUCUCAGAGUCAGAAGGAUAUGGGCACAGGCCACCCGUUAUGUCCAAGAGGUCAAUACCAGUGCCUCAACGGUGACUGCAUCGAUGAGAAGAAGGUCUGCGAUCGUAACUACGACUGCACGGAUCGCAGCGAUGAGUCUUCACAGUGCUUCAUCGACGAGUGUGCUCUAGCAGAGAAACCACUUUGUGAACAGAAAUGUGUCGACUUGCCGAUUGGCUAUCGCUGCGAUUGCUUCGAAGGAUUCGCUAUUGAUAUGGACGAUAAGAAGAGUUGCCACAAUAAGGAAUUUCCGGAUGCAGCCAGACAUGCGAAGACAAAAUCGGCUCCUAUAAGUGUGGCUGUGUGGAAGGUUACCAACUGGGUAAAGACGACCAUAGCUGUAAGAGAACACAAGCGGUAA